AGCGCGGCGCUGCCCCCCGCCCGCCGCCGGCCCCAUGCAGCCCGCCAUGAUGAUGUUCUCCAGCAAGUACUGGGCGCGCCGGGGCUUCUCGCUGGACUCGGCCCUGCCGGAGGAGCGCCCCGCCGCCGGCAGCCUCACCCUAAACAGAUCAAGUUCUGGGAAAAAUGAGGAGAAGAAAGGGAAUAAGGGAAAUGGGAAAAGUGAAUCUGCUUCUGAAGGUGGAAAGACAGCUGUGGUGUUUUCCUUGAAGAAUGAAGUCGGUGGAUUGGUGAAAGCUCUCAGACUCUUCCAGGAAAAACACGUGAGUAUGGUUCAUAUUGAAUCACGAAAAUCAAAGAGAAGGAAUUCAGAGGUGGAAAUUUUUGUGGACUGUGACUGCAGUAAGAAAGAAUUUAAUGAACUAAUCCAGUUGCUCAAGUUUCAAACGAAUAUAGUAUCUCUCAAUCCACCGGAAAACAUCUGGACUGAUGAAGAAGAUCUCGAUUGUGUCCCUUGGUUUCCCCGGAAGAUUUCUGAGUUAGACAAAUGCUCUCAGAGAGUUUUGAUGUAUGGAUCUGAGCUGGAUGCUGAUCACCCUGGAUUUAAAGACAAUAUCUAUCGACAGAGAAGAAAGUACUUUGUGGAUGUUGCCAUGAGCUAUAAAUAUGGUCAACCCAUUCCCAGAGUGGAGUACACAGCUGAAGAGGUUAAAACUUGGGGGGUGGUAUUUAGGGAACUCAGUAAACUCUAUCCCACCCAUGCUUGUCGUGAAUAUUUAAAAAACUUUCCUCUGCUGAGCAAGUACUGCGGAUACAGAGAAGAUAAUGUGCCUCAGUUGGAAGAUGUUUCUAUUUUUCUUAAAGAAAGGUCUGGCUUCACAGUGAGACCAGUUGCUGGGUACCUGUCUCCCCGUGACUUUUUAGCUGGCUUAGCGUACAGAGUCUUUCACUGCACUCAGUACAUACGACACGGCUCAGAUCCCCUCUACACACCGGAACCGGAUACAUGCCAUGAACUCUUGGGACACGUGCCUCUACUUGCUGAUCCCAAAUUUGCACAGUUUUCACAAGAGAUAGGACUUGCUUCACUGGGAGCAUCUGAUGAAGAUGUUCAGAAAUUAGCCACUUGCUAUUUCUUUACAAUUGAAUUUGGCCUUUGCAAGCAAGAAGGACAACUGCGUGCUUAUGGGGCAGGACUUCUGUCUUCUAUUGGAGAGUUAAAGCAUGCUCUCUCUGACAAGGCCAAUGUGAAGACAUUUGAUCCAAAGACAACCUGUUUGCAAGAAUGCCUUAUCACAACUUUCCAAGAAGUUUACUUUGUUUCAGAGAGUUUUGAAGAGGCCAAAGAGAAGAUGAGGGACUUCGCCAAAUCAAUCAAUCGUCCCUUCUCUGUGUAUUUCAAUCCAUAUACGCAAAGCAUUGAGAUUCUGAAGGAUACCAGGAGUAUAGAAAAUGUUGUCCAGGACCUUCGCAGUGAUCUAAACACUGUGUGUGAUGCUUUAAGUAAAAUGAACAGAUAUUUAGGGAUUUGAUAUGUUUGGCAGUGUGAUUUGCUGUCAGUUGCUCUUUCUGUAGCCAGUUACAUCACAUAAGAUGGUUAAUUUGUCAGAGCCAUCAGUUUUUCCUUUACAGCUUGGCCUGUGGCUUGCAUAAUCAUGUAGCUCUGUCUAACUGUAAUGUGCAGACCAACCAAGGCAAUGCUAAUUUGUAAAUGGAACAUGGAAUGUGGCAGAAUAUAAUCAUCAAUUCUUCAGCACGAUGUCAUGUACAAGUAUACCAUUAAAAACUUUCCUGGCAACA